AUGUCGUCUAACAGAGGCGCCUCCACGUACGAGAUUGCCGACAAAAUUCCCCCUCGGCGUCAGUACUUCCGAGAGAAGCAGCGCGAGUAUCGCCGCAAGAUGAUUGCUGACGGGGCGACUGCCAAAGCACAGUGCGUGCAUCUUCAGUCGAUCCUUGUCCGCCUUCAAACAGCCAGGCUGCCGUCCAUGGCGCCGCGUGAAGCAAGUGAUGGUCCGUUGUCCUGGCAUUCCAUUGCCAAAGUGUUCAAAAGUGAAGCCCACCGGGUCUUGACGGACCGCCAGUCACUGAUUACUCAAACGCAAGAGUUCGAAUCCCUCAGGCAGGCCAUGCAACACUUUGUCAUGAUGAACAUUCAGCCGCCCAUGUCCCGCAGCAAUACGUGGCAGAAUGCGACCUUGUUGGCCGACCCGAGUGCUCGAAUCCUGGGCAAGGAGUGGCUCACGAAGCAAAUGUACCACAACAUACUCGAGGCGUUCUCGUUGUUUCCUGUCGUGAGCUAUGACGACGAGUUAGUCCAGUUUGACUUGGAAGAAGACGACGGUGUGUUUACGUGGAAGGAGCAGAUACAGUUCACAUGGCCAGGCACGGUGCAAAUGUUUCGACGCCUGGUCGAGACCAACAUGCUGGCGGUGAAUUUCCCGCAUUAUGUCGAAGCGACAAGUCCUUACCAGGUGGUACAAGAGAUCACAGCCAACACUCGACAGUUCCACACGAUCACACCCACAGGAAAUUUCGUGAACUGGCUCCAAGGGCACUUCGUCGAAGCCGACCGGCUCAUCAUGGUCAUGCGGCAAGUCGAACACGACGAAUUAUACAUAUGCCACCCCCUCCGCAAGCAGCGGCAUGACAUGUUGUGGACCGAGGUUCGGCAGGUAUCGCCAACACACAUCGUGCUGCGCUCAGUCAGCCGUGUGUCGCAGCUAUUUCGACCCGCCACCGGGUUUAUGAGUGUGGACGAGUUCGCGACGUUGAAGGGCGUCGAUUUAACGGGCAUCGACGACGGCCUCAAGGGCGCGUACUUGCGGCGCGAAAUGAUCCGAGGGGGGCAUGAGGAGUUCUUGCCUUGGCGACAACAUUUCAUGGACGUGAUGCACCAGAGCGCGACACAGUAA